CUAUCACUGUCAUUUGUUCUGUUUCAUUCAUUCCAUUCGAGUAUCUUGAAAAAAAUAGAACGUUUCGAUUCAAUUUUUUAUAUAUUGAAGAUCAAAACUUACCAAAUCAUGUAUCUUGCAUCAUCAUUUAGACCUUACCUGUUUAUUGCUACAUCAGUUUUGUCACAGAUCUAUUUAUCAUUGGGCCAAGCACAACAACAAUGUCCAGGAUAUCGACCAGAAGAAGUUUCGUAUCCAACACCGUACAUAACACCACAAGAUCGAUCUUCACGAUGUAAGACAUUAUUCUCUAGAUUCAAUAGCACAGGAACGGCAAAUUUAAGUUUCAUCGGACAAAAUACCUAUCAUAAUCCAUGCAAAAUCGAAUGUGGCUUAUGUGUUGAUGACGAAUUGCCGGAUGAAAAAGAAGAAAUAAAUGCUAUCCGUUCAUAUCCGCCGCAUAUCUCGCUGAAAGAUUCCAUUGUAAAAUGUAAUGAUGAAGUUGAAAUUUUUGAACAAUUCAUGGAAUCUGGAACUAGAUGUGGUCCAUUUCAUUAUUGCGAGGAUAAUUGUUGCAAAGCCAAACCAGAAUUAUUUCCAAAUUCAAAACGUGCCAAACAACGUACCAAAUCAACCGAUAUUAACAGGUUUUCUCAGGAUAUGCCACCAGAAUGGACAAAACCAUUGAUUUGUGAAGAAGAAGGCUAUUUCCGAAAUCCAAAUGAUUGUCAUAAAUUCUAUCGUUGCCACAAAACUGGAACACGAGGUGGAUUUUCACGUACCCUGUUUGAAUGCAAUCCAUCGACAUUGAUUUUUGAUGAACAAUAUAAUGUCUGCGUUGCAGUUGAAGAAAAUAUUAAUGAUAAUGUUUGUGAUCAAUUGGAUGCCAAUGCUGAAGUUGAUUACUAGAAAAAAAGGCAUAAACAUCUUUGAUCUUGUCGUGCCAAACUGUAUAAUUUUUUCGCAACUUCUAUCGAAUUGAAUAAAAAUUAAGAUGCAAAAAAAUGAA